AUGGCUUUAGCAAAUGACCUGGUAACUUCAGAGAAGCAUUGGCCAGACAAGGCGGAGUGCUUAGGACAGCCCUUGGCUGUCCAGGCCUACCUGCAGGAGAGUGGAGGCAACAUCUUUGUGGUCAGCCUCUCUGCAGCAGAUAUGCUGGUAGCCAUCUAUCUCUACCCUCUGAUGCUGCAUGCCAUGUCCGUUGGGGGAUGGGAUCUGAGCUACUUCCAGUGUCAGAUGGUCGGGUUCAUCACAGGGCUCAGCGUGGUUGGCUCCAUCUUUAAUAUCGUGGCAAUCGCCAUUAACCAUUACUGCAUCUGCCACAGACUCCAGCACGAGUGGAUCUUCAGUGUGCGCAAUACCUGCAUCUACUUGGUUGUCACCUGGAUCAUGAUCAUCCUGGCUAUCCUGCCCAACGUGUACAUUGGCACCAUCAAGUAUGAUCCUCACACCUACACCUGCAUCUUCAACUAUCUAAACAACCAUGUCUUUGCUAUGACCAUCAUCUGCAUCCAUUUCAUCCUCCCUUUCCUCAUAGUGGGUUUCUGCUACAUGAGGAUCUGGAUCAAAGUGCUGGCCGCCGGUGACCUGGCUGGGCAGAAUCCUGACAACCAGUUGGCUGAGAUUCACAAUUUUCUAACCAUGUUUGUGAUCUUCCUCCUCUUUGCAGUGUGCUGGUGCCCUAUCAAUGUGCUCACUGUCUUGGUGGCUGUCAGUCCUAAGGAGAUGGCGGGCAAGAUCCCCAACUGGCUUUAUCUUGCAGCCUACUUCAUAGCCUACUUCAACAGCUGCUUCAACACUGUGAUCUACGGGCUCCUCAAUGAGAAUUUCCGACGCGAAUACUGGACCAUCUUCUAUGCUGUGCGGCACCCUAUCCUGUUCUUCUCUGGUGUCAUCACUGAUUUUCGUGACACGCAUGAGGCCUGCGCCCAUGACCAAGCCCGUGACCAAGCCCUCGCCUGCGUCUGUCCUGCUGUGGAGGAAAUCCCAAUGAGUGUCUGGAAUGUUCCACUACCUGGCGAUGCUGCAGCUGGCCACCCUGAACGUGCCUCUGGCCACUCCAAGUCUCAUUCCAGGUAUGCCUACCGAAAAUCUGCCUCUAGCCACCACAAGUCUGUCUUUAGCCACUCCAAGCCUACCUCUGGUCACCCCAAGUCUGCCACUGUCUACCCUCAGCCUGUGUCUGUCCACUUCAAGGCUGACUCUAUCCAUUUGAAGCCUGCCUCUGUCCAUUUCAAAGAUGAUAUCCAUUUCAAGCCUGCUUCCAGCCACCCCAAGCCAGUCACUGAUCACCAUAUCUCUGCUAGCAGCCACUCCAAGUUUGCCUUCAGCUCUGCCACUAGCCACCCUAAAUCCGCCAUUAGCCACAUCAAACCUACUACCAGCCACCCUGAGCCCAGCACUGCUGACUAUCCUGAGCCUUCCAUCCCUGGUCACCUCGAGCCUGCCACCCCCAGCCACCCUGAGCCCACUACUGCUGGCCUCCCUGAGCUCUCCACCUCCCAGUUCCCUGACAUUGCUGCCACCAGUUACCCUGAGUCUGACAUCACUGACCUCUCUGAGCCUGCUGCCAGCCAGCUAGAGCUUGCCAUGUCUGCUGACCUUUGUGACCCUAUUGUAAUCACCACUGCUGCCAGUGAUUACCGACAGGUUGUGGUUAUCGAUGUCGAAGAUGAUUCAGAUGAAAUGGCUAUGUGA